CCUCUAGAACAGGAUCCUUCCAGAAAAACAAAAUCAGAUAUAGAGAGAGAGAGAAGAAGAAGAAGCUGAAGCGAAGCUAUAACAUUAGUAUAAACUAGUUCAAUUUUAGAGAGAGAGAGCGAUAAAAAUGGCGUCGUUAAUGAAGGCAAUUGUGGACCCAAAGAAGAACUGGCUGGCAGCUUUGCACAUGAAAUCUGUCUCCAACCGCCUCAGAAAAUACGGGCUUCGAUACGACGAUCUGUACGACCCAUACUACGAUUUGGAUAUUAAGGAAGCUCUGAAUCGGUUGCCCAGAGAGAUAGUUGAUGCUCGGAACCAGCGUCUUAAGCGAGCCAUGGACCUCUCUAUGAAGCACCAGUAUCUUCCCCAACAUCUUCAGGCAGUACAAACACCAUUCAGGAGCUACCUUCAAGAAAUGCUGGCCCUUGUGAAGAGGGAGAGGGAAGAGCGUGAGGCUUUGGGAGCUUUGCCUCUCUAUCAGCGUACCAUUCCCUGAGCAAAUCCCUGAAUGAGAUUGUCACUAUAUGUGGUAAAAUGUUAACAUAGUAGAAGGGGAGAUGGAUUAUUCUCUGUUUUUCAGAAAUUUGAUUUUCGAGUUUGUGUUUUGGUAUAUGAAUGAAUUCUCAUGUACUGGCAGACCCUUUUUAUCCGGGUUCCUUCCCCCCCCCCCCCCCCACAACCAAAAAAUAAUUAAGUAAAACUCUACUUUAUAGUUAUUUUUAUGACUGGAUGCAAUAAACUUGUUUGGACUUUAAA